CAGCCGCCAAAUGGGAGAAAGAGAAAAAGGCGCUGCGGGGAGCGCGAGGGGAGGGGGCGGGGUUGCAGGUAAGUCUGUGUGACGUGAGGCGCCCGCCUGGUGGAAUCGGGACAGGACGGCGGUCGGGAAGAACUUCGUUGCCGGGGUGCUCAACGGCGGGGGGAAGAGUGACAGUUUCAGCCCCCGGAGGUGGCUGUUCUUUGUGCCACGUCCAGGAAUUAUAAUAUGGCUACUGGAGAUCUUAAAGGAAACUUGCGUAAAAUAGAACAAGGACUUCGGCUUUUACAUUAUCCCAAAGAUGUGGAUUAUGCUGGAUUAGCAAAGGGUGAUCCAUCUUCAUUUUUGCCCAUCAUCAGCUACUGCUUCACCUCUUUCUCAACAUAUAUAAUGGAACUUCUGGUGGAAUUGGAUGUGGAACUUAUGGCAAAAAAUGACCUGCGCUUUAUUGAAGCCAUUUAUAAGCUUCUCCGGGAUCAUUUUCAAUAUAGACCAGUCCUAACGAAACACCAAUUUCUUCAGCAUGGCUUUGCAGAAAGAAAAAUACAGAUUGUUUGUGAAAUUAUUAGUUUGGUCUAUAAAAAACACAAAGAAUUAAGUCACACGAAUAAGGUGAAAUCCCAAACAAGAAAGAAAAUCUGUGCUAUUAAACUUGAACCACAAGGAGACAGUUCUGAUCUUGAUUCUGUAGCUAUCAAUACUAUGAAUUUUCAGCAGAUGCCUCAAGUAAAACGCCAUGUGAGUAUGUGUGAUACAUGUUUGCCCACGGAUGUAGCUGAUGAAAUACUUCAUGAAGACACUGAUAUUUCCUUCAAUAUACAUGAACACGCAAAACACUUGGAGGAUAAUGAUGAUCGUAUGAAAGAAUUAAAGAGCCAACUUACUGAACUGCAGGAGAAGGUUAAUAAACUGAAUUGGAUGGAAGAGAAGCUGCAUUUUUUAGAAGAGAAACUGCAGGGUAAAGUAAUUAUAGAUGAGAGAGACUGGAAUAAUCUACUGAGCCGGGUCCUGCUCCUUGAAACACAGCUAUUACUACAACCAAAAAAAGCUGACUUAACCACUGAAUUUAAUAACAUGGAUGAAGAAAAUACCUCUAGCAUACAUAUGACUCCAGUUUCUCCAGGUAAAGAAAAGGAGUUGCUAGAGAGUCUUCGUCAUUCAUCUGGAUACAAUUCACUGAUAUCUGCAGACCCAUCUCCUAAAGCCAUGAUUGAUAAUAACCACGAUUUGCCUGAGGUUUCAAAGGAGACGACAAUACAAAGAAUGGAACGAAUAAGCAAAAUGAUUGAAGAAACCUCAGAGUUGCUGAAGACCUCAAGUAACACUUCCUAGAAUAUUCUUUCCUAUGCUGCCAAAUAUCUGAAAGCAAUUAUGUGUAUCUGUAAAACUUUUAGAACGAUUUGAAUCCUUUUGUGAUUAUUUAUGACCCAAAUUAUUUGCAAAUGAUAUUUUUUAUGAAAAUAAACAUUUUGUAAUACCACUGUCA